UUCCUCCUCACAAUGAACGUCUGAACCUACAGUCUGUCUUCCCUCUGAUCUCUGCCCGCAGAUGAUCCCUGGGAAGUUCAGGAUCUAAUAUACUCCGAGACUCUCUUGACGAGGUCUCUCAUCUUCCUCUUUGCUUAACUUCGAGCUGGUCAUUCUAUCCAUCAUCAUCAUAUCAGUUGGAUCGACCUCGACUUCUACGUCCGCUAACCACCAUGGCGGGCAAAAUUUACCCCCCUGCCUCGUCGCGCCUCGCCGAUGUGAACGGCGGUGGCAAUGGAGGCCACGAGCCUCUCAUGUGCCUCGAGCUUCCUGACGGCUCCGUCUACCAAGGCUACAGCUUUGGCGCCCAGAAGAGCAUCGCUGGCGAACUUGUCUUUCAGACCGGCAUGGUGGGAUACCCAGAGUCGGUAACAGACCCCUCCUACCGUGGCCAGAUUUUGGUCAUUACCUUCCCCCUCGUCGGCAGCUACGGUGUUCCCUCACGCGAGACUGUGGACGAGCUUCUUGGCGACCUCCCCGCCCAUUUCGAGUCGUCUCAGAUCCAUAUUGCUGGCCUCGUUGCUGCCACCUACUCCGGCGAAGACUACUCUCACUUUCUCGCCGAGUCCUCUCUCGGCACCUGGCUCAAAGAACAGGGUGUCCCGGCUAUCUACGGUGUCGACACGCGAGCUUUGACCAAGCGUAUUCGGAUGGAGGGCAGCAUGCUCGGCCGACUGCGCCUCCAGACCAAGAAGUCGUCCUCUCUCCCCGAUGGCGAAGUAAACGGCAUCAAGCCCCACGCCGAAGUCCCAGAAUUCGAAACAGUAGAUUGGUUCGACCCGAACCAGAACAACCUCGUAGCAGAGGUAUCCAUCAAGUCUCCCAAGCUCUAUAAGCCUCCGCCGAGCGUUGCCCUAAAGAAGCACCCUUCCGGCCGGACGAUUCGGGUCCUCUGUGUGGACGUCGGCAUGAAGUACAAUCAGCUGAGGUGCUUCCUGAAGCGCGGCGUUGAAGUUCUCGUAUGCCCGUGGGAUCAUGACAUGGUGAAUGCUGCCGGUGAAGAUUAUGAUGGCCUCUUUGUGUCCAACGGCCCCGGCGAUCCGGCCGUGUUGGACGUCACCGUCAAGAAUAUCACUGCUCUCCUGGAGAAGUCGAAUACUCCCAUCUUCGGCAUCUGCUUGGGUCACCAACUUGUGGCUCGCGCCUCCGGGGCCCGGACUAAGAAGAUGAAGUUCGGCAAUCGCGGCGCUAACAUCCCUUGCACAAGCAUGGUCUCUGGAAAGUGUCAUAUCACCUCUCAGAACCAUGGCUUCGCCGUGGACGCCGACACUCUUCAGGAAGGUUGGCAGGAGCUGUUCGUCAACGCCAACGAUGGCAGCAACGAGGGCAUCAUGCACAAGUCGAAGCCUUUCUUCAGCGUCCAGUUCCAUCCCGAGAGCGCACCGGGCCCGCGUGACACCGAGUACCUCUUUGACGUCUUCAUCCAAGCCAUGUCCGACUGUGCUUCGGACCCCCAGGCUCUCAACCGCCCCGUCAGCUUCCCCGGUGGCACCGUCGAGGAGAACAAUCGGCUCCACCCCCGUGUCUCUGUCCGAAAGGUCCUUGUCCUGGGAAGUGGUGGCCUCAGCAUUGGCCAAGCUGGAGAAUUCGAUUACUCCGGCAGUCAGGCCAUUAAGGCCCUCAAGGAAGAAGGCAUCUACACCGUCUUGAUCAAUCCCAACAUUGCCACCAUUCAGACCUCCAAGGGUCUCGCCGACAAGGUCUAUUUCCUUCCCGUCAAUGCGGACUUCGUGCGCAAGGUGAUCCUGUACGAAAGGCCAGAUGCCAUCUACGUCACCUUCGGCGGACAGACUGCCCUGCAAGUCGGCAUCCAGCUGAAGGAUGAGUUCGAGGAGCUCGGCGUCAAGGUCCUCGGUACUCCUAUUCAGACCAUCAUCACCACCGAGGACCGCGAGCUCUUCGCUCGGAGUAUGGACUCCAUUGGAGAGAAGUGUGCCAAGUCGGCGUCCGCGAGUACUGUGGAGGAAGCCAUGUCCGUUGUCAAGGACAUCGGCUUCCCCGUCAUUGUCCGAGCCGCGUAUGCCCUCGGUGGCCUCGGUAGUGGAUUUGCGAACAAUGAGGCUGAGCUUCUCGAUCUUUGCAACAAGGCCUUCGCAGCGAGCCCUCAGGUCCUGGUUGAGCGGAGUAUGAAGGGCUGGAAGGAAAUCGAAUACGAAGUUGUUCGGGAUGCCCAAGACAACUGCAUCACGGUCUGUAACAUGGAGAACUUUGAUCCGUUGGGCAUCCAUACCGGCGACUCCAUUGUCGUCGCGCCUUCGCAGACCCUGUCAGAUGAGGACUACAACAUGCUUCGAACCACCGCCGUCAAUGUCAUUCGUCACCUGGGCGUCGUGGGCGAGUGCAACAUUCAAUACGCACUGAACCCCUUCUCCAGGGAGUACUGCAUCAUUGAAGUGAACGCGAGAUUGUCGCGAUCAUCAGCCCUUGCCUCGAAAGCAACCGGAUAUCCGCUCGCCUUUAUUGCUGCUAAGCUGGGUCUGGGUAUUCCUCUCAAGGACAUCGCCAACAGCGUCACCAAGGUCACUUGCGCCUGCUUCGAGCCCUCCCUGGACUACGUGGUCGUCAAGAUGCCCCGUUGGGAUCUGAAGAAGUUCACCCGUGUCUCCACCCAGCUGGGCUCCUCUAUGAAGAGUGUGGGCGAGGUGAUGAGCAUUGGUAGGACUUUCGAGGAGGCCAUUCAGAAGGCUAUUCGCUCCAUCGAUUUCCACAACCUCGGCUUUGGUAAGACCAAGGCACUCAUGUCGAUCGACGACGAGCUGCAGACCCCAUCCGACCAGAGACUGUUCGCCAUCGCCAACGCCAUGCACUCCGGAUACACCGUGGAUAAGAUCUGGGAACUCACCAAGAUUGACAAAUGGUUCCUCAACAAGCUGAUGGGCCUUACCAACUUCGCCAAGGAGAUGGUCAACUACAAUACCGAUCAAAUCGCCCAACGUCCAGGUCUUCUCCUCCAGGCAAAGAGGCUCGGCUACUCGGACAAGCAGCUCGCGGAUUUCUGGAGCACGAACGAGAUGGGUAUCCGUAAGAUGAGGGAAGAGACUGGAAUCAUGCCAUUCGUGAAGCAGAUCGACACGGUUGCCGCCGAGUUCCCCGCGGUUACCAACUACCUUUACCUGACUUACAACGCCUCGGAGAGCGACAUCACCUUUGACGACCAUGGCGUUAUGGUUCUGGGCUCCGGAGUGUACCGCAUUGGUUCCUCUGUUGAAUUCGACUGGUGCUCUGUUCGCGCCAUCCGCACACUUCGACAAACGGGCCACAAGACGAUCAUGGUCAACUAUAACCCUGAGACGGUGAGCACGGACUACGAUGAGGCGGACAGACUCUACUUCGAGAACAUUAGCCUCGAGACCGUGUGCGAUAUUUACGCGCUGGAAGGCGCCAGCGGCGUUCUGGGUGCCAUGGGUGGUCAGACCCCUAACAACAUUGCCCUGCCUCUGUUCCGUUCUGGGAUCAAGGUCCUCGGUACAUCGCCCGAGAUGAUCGAUACUGCGGAAAAUCGGUACAAGUUCUCGCGUAUGUUGGACACAAUCGGGGUCGACCAGCCGGCAUGGAAAGAGAAUAGCAGUCUCGAGGAUGCGAAGAAGUUCUGCAAUGACAUCACCUACCCCGUUCUUGUCCGGCCGUCUUACGUCCUCUCUGGUGCGGCCAUGAACACUGUCUAUUCGGAGCGUGAUCUUGAGAACUACCUCCAGCAGGCGGUAGCCGUGUCACGAGAGUACCCCGUCGUUAUCACCAAGUACAUCGAAAACGCGAAGGAAAUCGAAAUGGACGCCGUUGCCAAGGACGGCGUGGUCGUGGGACACUUCAUUUCGGAACACGUGGAGAACGCCGGUGUCCACUCGGGUGAUGCGACUCUCAUUGUGCCGCCGCAAGAUCUGGAGAGGCAGACGAUCGAGAGGAUCGAAGAGGCCACUCGCAAGAUUGCCGCCGCUCUCAACGUGACCGGUCCUUUCAACAUUCAGUUCAUCGCCAAGGAUAACGACAUCAAGGUCAUCGAAUGCAACGUCCGGGCGUCCCGAUCUACCCCAUUUGUCUCCAAGGUCAUGGGCGUAGACCUCAUCGAGAUGGCGACCAAGGCGAUCAUGGGGUGUCCUUUUGUCGAGUACCCCCCCACCACUAUUCCUCCCGACUGUGUUGGCGUGAAGGUGCCUCAGUUCAGUUUCUCCCGACUCUCGGGCGCCGACCCUGUCCUCGGCGUCGAAAUGGCGUCCACGGGAGAGGUCGCGUGCUUUGGUGUCGACAAGUAUGAAGCGUAUCUCAAGGCAUUGCUGUCGACCGGCUUCAAGAUUCCCAAGGCCAACAUCCUUCUCUCCAUCGGCUCAUAUAAGGACAAGAAGGAGAUUCUGCCUUCGGUAGAGAAACUUCAGAAGAUGGGCUACAAGUUGUUUGCGACGGCCGGCACCGCCGACUUCCUGCAGGAACAUAACAUCCCGGUCCAGUAUCUGGAGGUCCUCCAAACCGAGCAAGGAGAUCAGCGGUCCGAGUUCUCGCUCACCCAGCAUCUGGCCAAGAACACCAUCGAUCUUUACAUCAAUCUGCCGUCCAACAACAAGUACCGGCGUCCGGCUAACUACAUGAGCAAGGGAUACCAGACCAGACGUAUGGCGGUCGACUACCAGAUCCCGCUGGUAACCAAUGUCAAGAACGCCAAGAUCCUGGUCGAAGCUCUCGCUCGCCACUUUGAACUCGAGGUGGGAAGCCGGGACUUCCAGACCAGCCAUCGCACAGUCUGCCUGCCAGGGUUGAUCAACGUCGCAGCAUUCGUUCCCGGCAUCGCAUCGGCCGGCACCCACGACUUGCAGACGGUGACCAAGGCCUCGCUGCUGGCCGGCUUCACCAUGGUCCGCGUCAUGCCUGUCGGCGUCAAUGGCUCGGUGACGGAUGCGCUUACUCUGAAAGUGGCCCAGCAAAACGCCAAGCGCGGUGGCUAUUGCGACUACAACUUCUCGGUUUCGGCGACUUCGGACAACGCAGAUCAGAUCAGCCAAGUGGUGGGCGAGGUUGGGUCUCUCUUCAUUCCGUUCAACCACCUCUCCGGCAACAUCAACAAGGUCGCUGCCGUGACAGCACAUUUCGAGAGCUGGCCGGUACAUAAGCCCAUCGUCACGGACGCCAAACUCACCGAUCUGGCGUCUCUCUUGCUUCUCGCUAGCCUCCACAACCGCCGCAUCCACGUCACGUCUGUUUCCACCAAGGACGACAUCAAGUUGAUUGCACUCAGCAAGGCGAAAGGCUUGAAGGUGACAUGCGACGUGUCCGUCUUCUCGUUGUACCUCUCCCAGAAGGACUACCCUGACUGUUCCUUGCUCCCUACGGCCGAGGACCAGGCGGCUCUCUGGGACAACCUCGCGAACAUCGACGUGUUCUCCAUCGGCAGUCUGCCAUACCAACUGGCCAGCUCUCUGGGCCAGGCGGCGGAGGACGCGGCUGUUGGCAUCGCCGAUGUGCUGCCGCUGCUCCUGACUUCAGUUACGGAGGGCCGCCUUGGCGUUGACGACAUCAAAGCUCGGCUGUAUGACAAUCCCAAGGAGAUCUUCGAAUUGCACGAGCAGGUCGGCUCUGCGGUUCAGGUCGAGAUCGAUCGAGCGUACAAGGUAUCCGGGGCGGCUGGCUGGACACCUUUCGCCGGCAAGAUGAUGCGCGGCUCCGUGCAGAGAGUCAUGAUCCAAGGCAAGACGGUCUGCCUCGACGGGGAAUUGUUGCCUGAGCCGCCGAUGGGCGUCGACAUGUCCAGCCACCGGGCGGCACCGAUGUCCCCGCCGAUGAAGGCCACUGGCGCCUCCAUUUCUCAGCAGCUGGAGGCAUCCUCCCCUCGGGACCGGCGACUGUCGAUGUUGGGAGGAUCGCGACCCGCGAAGCUGCGCGAGUUGGCAGCUGUUCAAAGCAGCAGGGGACUUCUGGGAUUGGAAGAGCUCGGAUCGCCAAUUCCCUUGCAGCCAGCACUCGGAUCGCAGCUGCACGAUCUGCUCGCACAGCCUUCUUCGUGGAGGCAUCAAAGCGUGCUUUCGGUGACGCAGUACACGCGUGCCGACCUGCAUCAUCUCUUCACGGUGGCCCAAGAAAUGCGGCGCGGUGUCCAGCGUGAGGGCGUGCUGUCUGUGCUUCGUGGACGUGUUCUCUGCACGCUGUUUUACGAACCGUCGACGAGGACCUCUGCGUCUUUCGACGCUGCGAUGCAGAGACUCGGGGGCAGGACGGUGGUCAUUACGACGUCGCACUCAUCUGUUCAAAAGGGCGAGACGCUCCAAGACACACUGCGUACAUUGGGCUGCUACGGCGAUGCGGUCGUCCUCCGUCAUCCCGACGAGACCAGCGUCGACGUGGCGAGGCGACACUCUCCGGUUCCGGUCAUCAACGGGGGCAACGGCAGCAAGGAACACCCGACGCAAGCGUUCCUUGAUCUCUUCACCAUCCGGGAAGAGCUCGGCACGGUCCAGAACCUGACGAUCACCUUCCUGGGCGACCUGUUGUACGGCAGGCCGGUCCACUCGCUGGUGUACCUUCUUCGCGACUACGGGGUACGGGUACAGCUCGUGUCGCCCAAGGCGCUGGCGUUGCCGGAGGACGUACGGCGGUUCCUGCGGGAGUCGGGUCAGUUGGCGUGCGAAUCCGAGACGCUGACGGACGAGAUCCUGGCGCAGAGUGACGUGCUCUACUGCACUCGUGUGCAGAAGGAGAGGUUCCCUUCGUUGGAGGAGUACGAGAGGGUGAAGGAUUCGUACCGCGUGGACAACAAGACGCUCAGGGCGGCGAAGAAGGACAUGUGCAUCCUGCACCCGUUGCCCAGGAACGAGGAGAUUGCGCAAGAGGUGGACACGGACCCACGGGCGGCGUACUUCCGACAGAUGAGAUACGGUCUAUAUUGCCGCAUGGCACUACUGGCACUUGUCAUGGCACCUUGAGGCAGAAGGAGUGGUUGCCGAGUCAUUCUGGGAAUCGGAUCGGCGAUUUGAGGUGGCAUAUUGGAUUUAAGAAGAAGAAAAAAUCAGAAAAGCUGUAGAUGGUUGAUUUUUUUUUUUCGUUUGGUUGUUUUUCUUUGCUGUCUGAACUCGCAUGCGAAUUACCAAGUAGCAUAGCGCAACAUAUAAACACCCCACAAGCCAAACGCAUACGAAGUAUAUGCAUAUUUUAUACUUGGGAUUUGGGGCGUCUAUAUUCAUCAUAGAGAGAGAUGAGCUCAGGCUGAGGCAGUCUUCUUGUUUCGAGACUCUACUAAGGGGUCUUGUUUCAUGUCAGUCAAGAUGUGUGUAUGAUUUAUGUUGGCGGGUUGUGUAUUGGAUCGUCUGGUUGUUGUUGUUAUUAGAUACCCCUUGUUACGAGCGUUG